AAUCCCAGAGAGGGGUUAAAUGAUUUGGCCAAAGUCACAUGAGUAGGAAGUGGCAGAGGCAGACUAUGAACCCAUGUCCUCCAACUCCUUUAAUUCCAUUUUGGCUCCUUAGCCAAAUCCCUCAAAAGGUAACCAGCAGGAAGCAAUCUUUAUUCAACUACUCAGUCUGGAAAAAACCCGGUUGAGCCAGUGGUCCAACACAACCUCCCCCAGAAAAAUAAAUAUGAGAAAUGUAUGACAUUAGCACUUCUGGGGGUGGGGCUCAGCUCAUUUAUCUCUCCAUUCACCCUCUGGACUCCGACAUACCUGGAGCGUCUCGCUUCCUGGAAGCCGGCUCCCAGGAGGAGGCUGGAGGGGAGAGGCAUGGGGCUCACAGGAGCUGCUCUCCUGGCUGCUGGCGUCCUCCUGGUCAUUCAGGCCUCAGAGGCCAUCCUCCCUGUAGCUUCCAGCUGUUGCACAGAAGUGUCCCAUCAUAUUUCUAGAACACUUUUACCAAGAGUGAAAAGAUGUCACAUUCAAAGAGCUGAUGGAGUUUGUGACCUACCAGCUGUCAUCCUCCAUGUCCAUCAUCGAAAAUUCUGUGUCAGUCCCCAUAAUCACACUCUUAAGAAAUGGAUGAAAAUGCAAAAGAACAAGCAAAAUGGAAAAGGAAUUAUUUGUGGCAAGAAGCAGCACCCCCACAAGAAGAAGAGCAAGAGCAGAGUGACACAGAAAAGACAACCUCACAAAUAUGGACAGAAAACUCCUUAUUAGCAAUUGCAACAAGUAACUUUCCUCCAACAAACCUGGCAAGUGACUGGUUCUAUGGAUUUACCCAAAGUUAUCUAGAAGCAAAUGCUUAUUACUGGAAACCAACAGCUUCCAAGAAGAAAGAAACAGAAGGCAACUGGUUUCUGUAACAUACUAAGUAGCUAAUAAUCUCAGAUAGGCAAACACAACAGAAAAAAUGUUGCGCGCCUUAGGAGUAGAGCUAAUGGGGAAAGUGAUGCCAGAUUAUCAAUUAAAAAAACAAACCAAAACAACUCUCUCCAGUGAUUUUACUCUUUCCUGAAGGCAAGAUCCUGAGGUUUUCUCCUUAUCCUGUUUCCCUUGCAUUUCAUUAAUUUGUUCUACACUUUAAAACCAUUCUUUAACUCUCCUUCCUUGUCAAACGAGGCUUUGGGGAUAAACAAUCAGGUUUUUGGAGCCCCGGAGGGUAGGAACCAGGGAGUCUUUAUGUAGUUCUCUAAGCAGCAUUCCCAGUCUCUGUUGCAGGAGAACUGCUGUAGGGCAGAUUUAGGCAUGAAAUUAGGACACCUGCAGGGGCACAGAGCCAAUCAUUGGCUAGAAGACCCAAGAGCAGCCCUUGCAUUAUAAGGGAAAGUACCAAAGCAAGGAGGGUGGAGAGGUUAGAAAAGAACUUCUUGUUUUGGCUAUAGCAUAAAGCUUAGAGGAAAUGUCUGGAAUUUUUUUUGCUCAGAACCCAGAAUUCAAAUUUAUUUCUGCUUGAGCUGAUAACUGCAAUUUUUGGUUUGAAUAAUUGUUGUGACUUUUAACAAUUUUUUAAAAACCUUAAAAGUUAAAUAACAUAUUAAUAUUGGUAAUGAGACUCUAGAGUUUGAACUGACCCUAUCUAAGAUUUGACCAUGUGUAUUUGGGAGCAGAAUUUGAUUCUGGGUAUUGAUGUGAAUUAGUCUUUAUAGGUAAGCCUCCUGUUUGCAGCCCUCCCCCCUUCUCGGUCUGUCUCUCUCUGUUUCUCUGUCUGUCUGUCUGUCUCUCCCCCUUUAAAAUUUUAGUAGACCAUGAUGGAAAGUACUGCGUUACAAUGUGUUUCCCUCACAAUAAAUAAAGGUUGUGUGGCUACUAUUAUCUUUUUAUAGACAAGAAAAGUGAAAUUCAGGAAGACAGUUGCCGAGGCCACAGUCACAGGAAGUAAGUCCCAAAUGAUAUUCAAACUCAGGUGCUCUCUGCCUUGCAUUUUAGUUACCAUAUGGUCUCUGCUUCAGUCUGGCAUUUUAGCCUAGAAAUAGAACUAAUACAGAAGGAACCAAGUCUGGCAAGUGGAUAGAGAGCUUGGCCAGAAUCAGGAAGACCCGAGUUCAAAUUCAGACUCAGACACUUCCUAGCUGGGGGACCCUGGGCGAGUCACUAAAUCCUGUUUGCCUCAGUUUUCUCAUCUUUAAGAUGAGCUGGAGAAGGUAAUGGAAAUCUACUCCAGUAUCUUUACCAAGAAAAUCCCAAAUAGGGCCAUGAAGAAUCAGACCUGACUGAUUGAAAUGAUUAUGACAGUAAGAACACUACUGUGAAUUAUUCCUUUCUCCUGGACUACUAAUAGCCAAGCAGUCAUCAAACUCAAUCAGAUUGAUUUUUCUGCUUAUUUGAUCCAUUCAUCAAUACAUGAUGUCAACAUUACCUUCCUAAUAUACAAGUUUGGCCAUGUUACUCACCUAUUCUACAACUCUGAAGUGGCUUUCUAUCACAUCUAAGGCACAAUACAAAUUCUAUAGUGUAACUAUUUAAAACUCCUCACGUUAUGCCUCCAACCUACACAUCCGGGCUUAGUUUAGAUAACUUCUCUCCAUACAUUUUAUGUUCUGUUUGUCAAAGUCAAUAUUCUCUUUAGCAAGACCUCAGAUCCAUAAUGCACUCCCUCCUCAGGACUGACUUUUCUUUAUCUUCUUUCAGACUCAGUUCAAGAUGACCUCAUCUAGAAAAUCUUCCCUCUGAUCACCAGUUGCUAAUCUUCUCCCACUUGUGUCAUUUACUUACCUGUGUAGGCAUUGUAGCAUUUCAAUAGGCUGUGAGCCCUCUAAGGAUAGAGAGCUGUUUUGUUUUUCUCUAGUGCUUAUCAACAUAUGAGACCCAUAUCUUUCUUGCAUUGAAUAUUCAUUAGAUUUUUUUACAUGUUGGACAUCAUUUCAUGAGUUCUGUUUACUAAGAUUUGCAUGUGAGUGUUUAGAGGCUGGAUUUGAUUCUGGGUACUGGAGGCAAGGGGUGUUUGGGAUAUUUGGGGAAGACUAGCUCCUCCGGUGUGAGAGCUUGUCGAGCCUUUUCAGGGAUGAUUUUCCUCCUCUGGAGUCUGCCUGUCACCCAGAUCUUAUCUGUGGCUCCAAGAAGCCAUAGCAUGCAGUGGCCACACUGGAUGAUUUUACCAAUUGGCAGGUGGGCUAACCUGGGUUGAGAGUAACCUACAGGACUCAAACCUGUUAGGGAGUUAGGGAACUGUCUACCCCAAAUAUAUGAAGACUUUCCCCAGAGAAAUGGAUGCAUGAGAAGGAUUUGUUUCAAUGGCCACAAAGGUGGCUGAACCUUAGAGCCUGGUCAGAUAUCAAAGAUGCCACAGUCAUCCACUGCAUCCUAGGCCAUCGCCAGCCCUCCUGACUUUUGUCUUGCCCCCUGGACUUAGAUGACUCUGGAAGUGAGGGUGAGGCUGAUAACUUUGUGCAACUCUGUCUCACUUAAUUUCAAUUCCUGUGCAAGUCAAGACAUCACCCCAUGAUGUCAUUUGUUCUCUUCAGAGAUGGGCUUCCUCUUUGCAAAAUCUCCUACAACCUGUCUUUCCUUCACUUUAAUAGACUGUGUUGGAAAGUAAAUUUGCCAGAGAUUUUUACAAUCAUUUUUUAAAAAUUAAAUUUUAUUUUUAUUGUCAUGCAAAACACACUUCCAUAUUGGUCAUUGUUGUAAGAGCAAACUCAUACAUAACUAGAACCUCCAAAUAAAACCAGAGAUACACUGAUGUGAAAGAGGAGUCCCAACAGUUCUUCUCCUGGAUAGCAUUUGCCAGCAUAAUUUUAGGAUUGUCCCAGGUCAUUGCAUUGCUGAGAGGAGCCAAGUUUUCACAGAUAAUCAUCAUCCAAUAUUACUGUUACUGUGUACAAUGUUCCCCCAGUUCUGUUUAGUUCACUUUCCGUCAGUUCCUACAGAACUUUCCAGCUUUUUCUGAAAUCAUGUUGCUUAUCAUUCAUAUAACACAAUAGUAUUCCAUUACCAACAUAUACUACAGUUUGUUCAGCCAUUCCCCAAUUGAUGGACAUCAUUUUAACUUCCAAUUCUUUGCCACCAUGAAAAGAACUGUGAUAAAUAUUUUUGCACAGGUCCUUUCCCCUUUUUUACUAUGUCCUUGGGAUACAGACCCAGUGGUGGUAUUACCAGAUCAAAGGGUAUGCACAGUGUUAUAGCCCUUUGGGCAUAGUUCCAAAUUGCCCUCUAUAAAGGUUGAAUUAAUUCACAACUCCACCACCAAUACAUUAAUGUCUCAAUUUUGCCACAUCCCCUCCAACAUUACCACUUUUCCUUACUGCCAUAUCGGCCAGUCUGAUAGGCGUGAGGUGGUACCUCAGAGUUGUUUUAAUUUGUGUAUCUCUAAUCAAGAGUGAUUUACAACAUUUUUAUAUGAUUAUUGAUGGCUUUGAUUUCUUCAUCUGAAAACUGCCUGUUCAUAUCCUUUAAUUAUUUCUCAAUUGGGGAAUGGCUUGUAUUCUUAAAAAUUUGACUUGGUUCUCUCUAAGUCCUUAUCAGAGACACUCAUCAUAACCUCCCCCCCCCCUUUAAUCUUGUUUACAUUAGUUUUGUUUGUACAAAAGCUUACAAAACUCAUUUUAUUGCAAAGCAAGUGUACUUCAUCAGUAUUUAAACCACCUAUUGCAAUUUUCCUACACUGUUACCUACAGAUACAAAUAUUGGAACAAACUUUUGAUGCAAAUGGAGACAAAUUCAAGAGUAAAAUGUAUAUUUUCUGGUUUUCUACUUUGAACAUUCUUUUUCUCUGGCUUCUUUUGUGAGAUCCUGCAUACUCUGUUAAAAGAAAUAUGAUAUGAUUGAGCAAUCGCAGUGACAGGCAGGGUAAGUUUUUCAUCUAUAGUCCUCUGACUCUCAAAAGAGAGGAAAUAAAUAUGUUUCAGCAUUAGUCAUCUGGAA